AUUCAACAUGAGUGCCACCACCACGACCGCCAAGAAGACCGCGCAAGCGCUGAUCAACUUUAUCGACAAGAGUCCGUCGCCGUUCCAUGCCGUGUACGAAACCGCCAAGGCAUUGACGUCCGCGGGCUUUACGCACCUCAAGGAAGAGGACAACUGGGAAAACGCUGUUCUCCCUGGCGGCAAGUACUUUGUCACGCGCAACCAAUCUGCCAUCGUCGCGUUCGCCGUGGGCGGCCAAUACAAGAAGGGCAACGGAUUCCACAUCGUGGGUGCGCACACCGACAGCCCGUGCUUGAAGAUCAAGCCCGUGUCCAAGAUCGAGAAGGAAGGCACGAUCCAACUCGGCGUCGAAACCUACGGCGGGGGUCUCUGGACGACCUGGUUCGACCGCGACUUGGGCGUUGCCGGCCGCGUGUUUGUCCGCGAGAGCGACACGAGCAUGACCAGUCGCCUCGUGCUCGUGAACCGCCCCAUCCUGCGCGUGCCCAUGCUCGCGAUCCACUUGCAGGACGCCGACGCGCGCAAGGCGUUCAGCGUGAACGCGGAAGAACACCUGCGACCUAUCUUGGCCACGGCCGCCGCCGCCGAACUCACGGGCGCCCGCCCGGUGGACAAGUCUGCAUCGCACCAUCCGUUGUUGCUGGACUUGUUGGCGACUGAACUCAACGUGUCCGUGGACCAAAUCUGCGACUUUGAGCUGUCGCUGUUUGACACCCAAGCUGGUACAAUUGGCGGCAUCCUGGACGAGUUUGUGUUUGCCGCGCGCCUCGACAACUUGGCGUGUACGUGGUUGGCCACGCACGCGCUUCUCGAGUCGCUGUCUUCGCUUGAGUCGGAGACCAACGUGCGCGUCGCCGCCAUGUUCGACAACGAAGAGGUUGGGUCCAACUCGCUCAUGGGCGCCGGCUCCAACUUCCUCGAAAGCGUCAUGCACCGCGUGAGCGCGGGUCAGUUCAGCGGCGAAGGCGUGCGCAAGUCUAUGCUCAUCUCUGCCGACAUGGCACAUGCUGUGCACCCCAACUACGCCGCCCGCCAUGAGCAAAACUCCAAGCUCCAGAUGGGCCAGGGCCCUGCCAUCAAGUACAACGCCAACCAGCGGUAUGCCACGACCGGCGAAACAUCCUUCUUGCUCAAGGAGAUUGGCCGUCGACACAACCUGGAUGUGCAGUCGUUCGUGUCGCGCCAAGACUGCGGAUGCGGCUCCACCAUCGGCCCGAUCUUGUCGACGCACACGGGUAUCCGCACCAUCGAUGUGGGCGUGGCCCAGCUGAGCAUGCACAGCAUCCGUGAAAUGUGCGGCGUCUCCGACGUCGAGAAGUCCGUCGCGCUGUUCAAGGCAUUCUACAACGACUUUACUACCGUCGACGGCUUUGUCAAGACCGAUUAAGACACACUUGUUAAUGCAAUCUCUGGCUUACUAGUGACGA